AUGGUCAAAGUGAUUCUUGUCUCAGUUUGCCAUUGAGUACGAUGAAGCUGGUCACGUUUACGAUCGUGCUAGUUUUGAGCAUAGUUUCCCCAUCGAACGGCGCUACUGGCAGUUGUGGGCAGAAGAAAGCGAUCGCCCAAGAGUUUGUCGCCCAUGGGUACCGGGCGUUAGCCGGAUCGUGGCCAUGGCAUGGCGCCAUGUUCGUUCGAAUGCAGCGAGCAUCGUCCUACGAGUGCGGAGUGACUGUCCUGACGGAGCAGUUUGUCAUCACAGCGGCACAUUGCACGUUCGAUCAGAGCGAGAGGCAGCGACUGCCAGCAAGCCGCGUGUUUAUCAAGCUUGGAGUGACGAAUCUUGACGCAACGGAAAAGCACGCCCAACAGCACAACGUGGACAGGAUUAUACGACACGAAGGAUACGAUGAAAUCACCUUUGAGGACGAUGUGGCGCUGAUGAAACUGUACACUGAGAUUACAUACUCGACCCAUGUGCAGCCGAUUUGCCUGUGGCCGGGGGACAGGUCGCUGAAUAAAAUUGUGAACCAGAUUGGAUAUAUUGCUGGGUGGGGUUACGAUGAGAAUUACGGGUUGCCAAAAGAUUUGAACGAAGCAACAAUGCCGAUCGUGUCCAGAAAAGACUGUUUGGAUAGUGAUUCGGAUCACUAUUCGAAAUUGUUGCAUGCUGGGAAAACGUUCUGUGCUGGCUACGGAAAUGGGACUUUAGCUGGUCCGGGAGAUAGCGGUGGCGGUUUGUUCCUUCGUGUGGGAACUCAUUGGGUGCUGCGAGGAAUAGUGAGUAAUGGAAAAACGGACCCAAAUACGUUGAAGAUCAUAAGCAGCAGCUACCUGGUGUUGAUGGACGCAGCUUACUACAUCGAUUGGAUUCAAUCCCACGUUACCAUCGCGACGACAAUCGAUAUCGAUGCUGAACCGGUAGAGACGCCAGCAGCAAGCUCAUCGAGCGGGGAUCAAGCGAAUCUGCUUGGAAUUUCCCAGUGUGGAAAGGAUAAAUAUCCUUUAGGGACUCCGGAGGAGUUGAAACGCUCCCUUAACCAGUAUCCUUGGUUGGCGGUUAUCGAAUUUGUGAAUUACAAUACCCGUUCGCUGGAGGACGUUUGCCAUGGUGUUUUGAUUCAUCCUAGUUUCCUCAUAACCGCUGCUCAUUGCGUUCAACCACGACGACUCUCCAGUAUUCAAUCGGUUCGACUUAACGACUAUCGGCUGGAUACGGUGAAUGAUAUUUUCGAAAUUGAUGGAAAAACACUCAAAACUACGGCAGAGCGAGUUCCGGUUAAAGGUGUUUCCGUACAUCCAGAUUACAAUAAUCCCAAGUUUGCCAACAAUAUCGCUCUGAUUAAGAUGGGUCGAGCGACAUCUAUGAUUCCAAUCUGUUUGCCAACCAAAGGAACCGCAGUUCCGUCUAACAAAUUACUUAGCAUCAUUGGUUGGAAGAAACAUGCCCGACCGGAAAAGCAUUUGAUCCGAAAUGUAGUGCAAAAGGCAAACUUCGAUACCUGCGAACGGAAGUACGCUGAAGCAAGUAUACGUUUGGAUUCGUCAGGAGGCCAGAUUUGCAGUACCUACAAUCACUUCGAUGACGACGUAAACUGUUCGCAUUACAUGGGCGCCGCUCCGUUCCAGUACGUGAGAAACGGCCCACUCGAGGGGCGCUACUUUCUGGCAGCAGUAUCCAGCUUUGGCCAUUCUGACUGCCGACGGGAAGAGUACUCGGACGUGUUUACCAAUGUGGCUCACUAUAGCGAUUGGAUUCGCGAUAAGGUGAAACAAAACGAGUAAAGCCGCAUCGUUCGUCGUUAGUUUAAAGCGCUCAAUUUGAAUAAUUUUAGUAUGCAGGUAAAUAAACUUUCACAACCGGAU